AUGCAAGCGGGCCCUGGAGGUUCGCCUGCGCCACAUCAACUCCCUAGAAAGAGGGGCGAUGACACAGCAGUGCCGAAAGCUCCUGCGAGAGGAAAGCCUCGCGCUCAAUUCCUGGUUGACAUUCCGGCCCACGAGUAUAAGCUGCGUUGCGAUAGGCCAAUCAAUGCAACUCUCGUAGACCUGAUUGUAAUACUCCCACAAUGGUUCCGCAAUCCUGCUGUCGCAUACCGCAUGCUGAACAACGGCAUCACUGCUGCAGUUCACUUUGCAAUUCUGGACAAGCAUCGUCACCUCGGCUUGACCAGUUCCGAGGAAGCAGAGCGCGCCCGUGACCAUAUCUCGGACACAUAUCGAAAGACGAUGCGAAGAACCUACCCAACCUGGACCAAAGCGAAGCAUCACGUCCCAGGUAACUGGGAUAAGUCGGAGAUGUGCAUCAACAAUUUCCUUCCGGAAGCUGCAAAGAAAGCUGAUUAUGUUCCACCGCCAUCAAUACCGUUCAAGAACUUAGCGAUUGGUCUGAAGAGUCUGCCCGUGAAUGACGACAUGGGUGAUCUUACUCGCGCAUUGGACUUCGCGCUGCGGUACCAGAAGCUUGAUGAGCACGGCCAGCUGACGGACUUCAUGUUCCCGGAUGAUAUCCAGAUCAUUCUCGGAUGCAUUGGUACCGUUCAAACUACCCGAGAGAUUUACGAUGAUGCUGUUAUAAGUCGAUACUCCGAAGCGGUUCGAGUGGCAGAAAGUGAGCGUCGUAAGCAGCUGAAUGAACAGCGGCGCCAGCGACAGGCUGCCGAGGAGGAGGCUGCUCAGUCCGUUCCCUAUUUCUACCCUGGUCAGCCUUCGCCACUUGGAGCCUUUCCGAUGGAUCCACUGGCUCAACAGCAAAUGCAGCCGACGGUCGGCUUCUCGUCCUGGGAUGAAGGGUACAGCAGCAUGCCUCCGACGGGAAUGGGCGUCUUAAUGCCGAAUGCUGUGCAGCAUCCACCGGUGAUGGAAGCCAACUCCCAAGAUCUACCCCAGUGGCCUCCACAGAUGCAGUCACAUCCUCAAGAGUAUAACGGGUUGAACUUCAAUGAGCACAGCUAUGGCCACCCACUCCGGCCGCACCCAGCACGCUCGAACUCGCAAGAAGCCGCUGCAGCAGUAGCAUCAGAGCUCGUAUACCAGGCUUCUCAGCCAGCCCAUGUGGACUUGCCCGCCAUCCCCGAUAUCUGCAUACCCGAAGGCUAUGUACAGGACGACAACGCUUUCCCCGAUUCUUGGUUGUACCUAGAUUCCCAGGAAGCAGCAGGGCAAAUGGAUGCACUCAUGGCAGCAAACCAGACAUUUGACUACAGCGACGUGGAGCGAUUGGCGUCGACGUCGCUCGUACCCCGAUUUAAUUAUCAUCCUAGCAUGCCUUUGCUGGAUUGUCCGGAGGCGCAAGAUCCGAAGGAUUGGGGCGAGCUCGCUCGUGCGGCGCGAUGGGCACGGACUCAUGCGUAUCCUGAUGGCCAUGCGCAAUUCGUGUUCAAACUGCCUGAGAAGAUAACGUCAGAGAUCGGAGCUUUAGUCGAACCGCUUGCAGUUGCUUGGCAUGCUAUCGAGCAGUCGGCCGCCAAAGCAGGGGACAGCAUCUUGGUUAUCGGCGCCGGGCCGAUUGGUUUGGCCAUUCUCCAAUGCCUGAAAGCCUUGCAUACUGCCCAGGUGAUCGUUGCUGAAGUUGCUCAGAAGCGAAGGGACCUGGCUCUACAGUUUGGAGCUACGGCGGCGAUCGAUCCGACGGACGAAGAUAUGGUCUCUAGAUGUAAGACGCUUUGCAAUGACCAAGGCCCUGACGUUGUUUUUGACUGCGCUGGAGUAGCUGCCAGUAUCAAGUCCGCGUGUUUAUCGGUCCGAAGCAGGGGAACGGUAGUGAACGUUGCCCAGUGGGGCAAAGACAUCCCCUUCAAACCGGACAAUCUGUUGGUUGGGGAAAAGAGGCUGGUUACAAGUAAGCCAUCACGCGAAACCAUUGGAAUGAAUCGAAGCCUUGCUGGCUUAUUCCGAGCGCUGAGUUACACCAGUGAGAAUUUCGAGCGAGUUACUGGCGCGCUGGAUGAAGGAACGAUCGAUGCGGAGAAGAUGAUCACGCGUACGAUCUCGAUGGAUAGAGUGGUGGAAGAUGGUAUUCUCGCGCUGCUACACGAGAAGGAUAAACACGUCAAGAUACUCGUCGAUGUCAGAAAGUAG